CAGGCGAUAUUUUACAAUUUGUUUUUUUUGAUAUCUAUCCAUCAAUCCAUCUAUACAUAAAAAAUAUCUGUAUCUAUCUAUAUAGUAAACAAUAGUAAAUUAACCGUGAAUGUAAUUGAAAUGAUUGCGCUAUGAUUGAUUGACUAACAGCUGUUACUUUCCUUUUUAGCAUUUUGAAUUCAUAAAUUGAGUUAAGCAGUGGACUGAUUUUUGUAAAGAUGUCUGGACCGCUGGAUCGAUUUGCAAGGCCUUGCUUUGAGGGAUCAUCUGGCAAUGAUGAAAGAUCUGACAGAAGAGAAAGAAGGUCUGAUUUUGAGAAUUCUGAGGAUGAGAGGAGGACAAGGAUUGGUUCGUUGAAGAAGAAAGCACUUAAUGCAUCUAGCAAGUUCAAACAUUCUCUCAAGAAAAAGAGCAGCAGGAGAAAGAGUGAUGGUCGAGUCAGUUCUGUUUCUAUUGAGGAUAUUCGAGAUGCCGAGGAGUUACGGGCUGUUGAUGCAUUUCGUCAAGCACUAGUUUUGGAUGAGUUGCUACCCGAAAGGCUUGAUGAUUAUCAUAUGAUGUUGAGGUUUCUGAAAGCAAGAAAGUUUGAUAUUGAGAAAGCAAAGCAUAUGUGGGCUGAUAUGAUCCAGUGGAGAAAGGAAUUCGGUACUGACUCAAUCAUUGAGGACUUUGAGUUUAAAGAGUUGGACGAUGUUUUGAAGUAUUAUCCUCAUGGUAAUCAUGGAGUAGACAAAGAGGGAAGACCUGUUUACAUUGAAAGGUUGGGUAAAGUCGAUCCUAACAAACUUAUGCAAGUUACAAGCAUGGAUCGCUACAUAAAGUAUCAUGUGCGUGAGUUUGAAAAAAGUUUUGCUUAUAAGUUUCCUGCCUGUUCGAUCGCUGCAAAAAGACACAUUGACUCGAGUACAACAAUUUUGGAUGUUCAAGGCGUGGGUUUGAAAAACUUUUCUAAGAGUGCCCGAGAACUCAUAAUGCGGCUCCAGAAAAUUGAUGGCGAUAAUUACCCUGAAACGCUCAAUCAAAUGUUUAUAAUCAAUGCGGGUCCCGGUUUUAGAUUGCUUUGGAAUACUGUAAAGUCAUUUCUGGACCCCAAGACAACUUCAAAGAUUCAUGUUCUUGGAAACAAGUACCAGAGUAAAUUGCUUGAGAUUAUUGAUGCCAGUGAAUUGCCGGAAUUCCUUGGAGGCACCUGUAUGUGUGCAGAUCAAGGGGGCUGUCUUCUGUCUGAUAAAGGGCCAUGGAAGAAUCCUGAAAUCCUGAAGUUGGCUCUAAAUAGCGAAGCACGGCGUGCCAGGCAGGUGGUUAAAGUUUUGAACAGCGAGGGGAAAAUUGUUGCUUAUGCUAAACCCCAGUUACCCAUGCUAAGAAGCAGUGACACAUCCACUGCUGAGUCAGGAUCAGAAGCUGAAGAUAUCGCAUCCCCGAAAGCAAUAAUGAAUUAUACCCAUCUUAGGUUGACUCCUGUUCGCGAAGAAUCUAAGGUGAUUGGAGCUACAAGUUAUGCCGGUAAAUUUUCUGGAUAUGAUGAGUACGUUCCCAUGGUUGAUAAGGCUGUUGACUCUGUAUUGAAGAAGCAAGCAUCAAUGCCAAAGCCAUCUGUUCCAAAAGGGAUACCUCUCGCAUCUGCUGUUCAGGAGGCACCAAAAAGACUCGAUGCUCGUGUGUUGGCAUUUAUAAUGGCCUUCUUCAUGACCCUUUUCACACUCUUCCAAACGACAGUAACCCGUGUGACAAAAAAACUUCACAAUGUGUCAACUGAGCGUACCCGAAACACUUCCAGCAAAGAAGUCCGUCCUCUGUCUGCAGUUUCUACUGCAGAGGCAGAACUCGUCUCUUCUGUUUUGAAAAGACUAGGUGAGCUUGAAGAUAAGGUUGACACGCUCCAAGCAAAGCCAUCUGAGAUGCCUUAUGAGAAAGAGGAAUUGCUAAAUGCCGCUGUUUGUCGCGUUGAUGCUUUAGAAGCAGAACUCAUUGCUACCAAAAAGGCACUUCAUGAAGCUCUGAUGAGGCAGGAAGAGUUGCUUGCUUACAUCGACAGCCAAGAGGAGAAAAAGUUCAGGAAGAAGAAAUCUUGCUGGUGAAUUGUCUUGGAUGUGUUUCUUUUCAACUAGUAUUCAUUGGUAUAUGUGUUUGUUUUACCUCAUCAACCUGCUAACAAGUGUGUGCGGGAUCUAUUUUGUUAAUACCGAGUUUACCUUGAGUCGGAGACAGAAAUUUAAGUGGUAUUGUUUGUUUGGAUAGUCUGUUUUUACUAUAUGGAUGGAUUGUAGUUGUGCUCAUCUCUAUAUAUAAAUUGGUUUUAUGAUCUA